AUGGCCGGAAUGAUCGAUCCAUCUCUUGGUGCUAUCGACAUUGAUGUGGUUCAUAUGAACCUACCUCGUCGUCCCCUUGAGGCCGAAUCAGACCAGGAAAAGCCGCCUGCAAAGAAAAAGAAAACGACAUCAAAAAAGCCCGGUGCAUCCAACACAAACGAAGCCAGACCUCAGACGAAGACCAAGAAAAAAACCACGCAAAAAAAUCCUCGAAAGAAGGCUGCCCAAAACGCUGAUCCCCCAGCAGAAAAACCCCCUCGCACUCGCUACCAAGAUCAUGAGGACAUUCAAGUCUGCAAGUCUUGGCUUGAAGUUUCUCAGGAUCCUCUCAACUCAACCAACCAGACGGCCGAUACGUUUUGGAACCGCGUAGAGGAGGACUUUCAAACGGUUAUGCUUGAUAGUAGUCGGACCGCAGUCAGCAUCAAGAGUCGUUGGCAAGUUCUCCAGCGACGCAUCAACAAGUUCUCUGGAUGCGUUAAGCAGGUCAAGCUCUCAAACCAGAGUGGAACAACGGCCGAAGAUCGCUUGUCUAGCGCGCUCAAGCUCUACCAUGCUCUGACGAAGGAGACUUUUGCACACCUUGUAUGUUACAACAUCCUCAACCUUGCGCCAAAGUGGAAGGAACACUGCGACGACAUCAACAAGAAAAACGUUCCGACUCAAUCAUUGUCUGCAACAACCCCGAGUGAAUCGUCUGUGAUAGAUAUCACAUCUGUUGACAGUGGCCCGGCUCCGUCUCUCUCGUCCGAUAUGAAUAAUGAUGCAGCAAAUAACAGCGAAGCUUCAACAAUUCAAUCUCGCGGUACGGCACGACCAAUUGGAAAUCGGAAGGCCAAAGAUCUCGCUGCAAAGGCCCGAGAAGAUAAAUACUUUAAGGACAACAUACUACUUGUUCAUAAACAGCUUGCGGAAAACUCUCGCAUACAAAACGGAAUCCUAUCUGAGCAGAAAGAUGCGAUCAAGACGAUGGCCGACGAAUUGAUCAUGAAAGUCGAACUCUCAGGUGUCACUGAUGCAAGCCGACCGUACUACGAGUGGCAGCAAAAGAAGGUUUUGGAUCGUGUGCAAAAAGAAAAAGAAGAGUAUGAAAAAAAAGAGAAAGAAGAAGAAGAGAAAAAAAAGAAAGAAGAUGAGAAAAAAAAAGAAGAGGAGAGAAAAAAAGAAGAGGAGAGAAAAAAAGCAGAAGAGAGAAAAAAAGCAGAAAAACAAAAGAAAAAAAAACGAUCAAAAGAAGUAGUGGUUGAGGUGGACGAGGAAGACGAGGAGGAUGAAGAUGAGGAAGAAAGCGAGGAUGAAAGCGAUAAUGAUGGGGAUACUGGCGACGAGUAUGAAAGCAGCGGCGAUGAAGAGGACAGCGAGGCCAACAUGUGA